AUGACGAAGUCUGUGCACCUGAUGACCCUCAAGUCACGCCUCGGACCACCAUGGCUGGCCGUGUUGCAGGAGCUCAAGAAGCCGGAAAUUCGGCGACGCUCGCCGCGCUGGUGGAUGGCGCUCAACUGGACGGAGGGCGGCGACGGAGGCGGCGGCGGCGCGGACCCGCUGUCGGCGACCGAGGCAUCCUCUGAGGGCGGCUUCAGUCUGCCCUACACCGUGUGCGAGGUGCUCGUCGCCAUCACAGCCGCGCUCGGCAACAGCCUCGUCUGCCUCGUGUUCCUCACCGACCGCCGCCUGCGCAAGCACACCAACUACUACAUCCUGUCGUUGGCGCUCUCAGAUAUGCUGGUCGGUAUCCUGGGCGUGCCGGUGGCCGUGCUGGCCAGUGCCGGCUUGCCUAAGGCGCUGCAGGCCUGCCUCUUCAGCAUCUCGGUGCUGCUCAUCCUCUGCACCACCAGCAUCCUGAACCUGCUGGCAGUGUCGGUGGACAGGUUCUGGGCCAUCCUGUACCCGAUGCAGUACGCCCGCAUCAUGACUGGACAGCUAGUGACCGGUAUUAUCAUCGGCUGUUGGGUGCUGGGUGCCGUGGUCGGCCUCUUGCCGGUGAUGGGCUGGAACGCUGGCCCCUACCCGUUCUGUAUCUUCACACGCGUCAUGGACUACAACUACCUGGUCUUCCUCUACUUCGCCACCAUCGUCUUCCCCGGCCUGCUCAUGGCCAUCUUCUACAUCAGGAUAUACAUCGUCGUGGUAAAGCAGGUUCGGAGUAUGUCGUUCUUCGCGCAUCUGUCUGAGAACGCGCGCCAGAACAGCUGCUACAGCGCCUGUGUCGGCAGCCAAGUGGCCAGAAAAGAGGUCAAGGCCGCCAAAAAUCUUUCCAUCAUCGUCCUGUUCUUCAUGGUGUGCUGGUUUCCGCUCUACACCAUCAACUGCAUCAACGCGUUCUGUCCCAGCUGCGCCGUGCCACUGCAGCUGACCAACUUCACCAUCAUUCUGUCGCACGCCAACUCGGCGCUCAAUCCGCUGCUGUACGCAUACAACCUCAAAGACUUCCGGCGGGCGCUCUACAGCCUGGUGUGCGUGCGCUUGCUGGGCUGCGCGGAGGCCGAGCCCGCUGACUGGCUGCGCGCCAAGAUGCUGGCCGAGCAGGAGGCGUUACGCGUGCACAGGCAGCAGCCGCCGCCGCAGGAUCGGCAGCUACCGCUCAGCCCAGGCCGGCUGCAGCUGCCGCCGCAGGUUCGGCAGCUACCGCCCAGCCCUGGUCGGCUGCAGCCGCCGCCGCAGGAUCGGCAGCUACCGCUCAGCCCGGACCGGCUGGACCUGAGACGAGCCGCCCGACUGGAGGCGCGCUCGAGCUCCGUGCGGCACCGGCCGCGCAGUCGGCUCCGCUUCAAGAGCUCCGACAGCUAG